GGACGUUUCACUGGAUUGAAUUAUGAUAUGUAAAGAUAUAUAUAUAUAUGAGAAUGUAACCUGAAAUUUAACAGGGUAAAAAUUAUUCGUUUGUUUUUUGGAACCCUAAAAUGGGAAACUCUGAAAGUGAAAGUUUGCAGACGACUGUUGAUCACCAGCUUUCGUUGCAAAGUAAAUCGUCUGGAGUUUACAACAUCAAAAUGCCCAUGCCGGAACCAAAUGAGUUAGAAAGAAGGUUCACUUUAGUUUUGGCGUCCAUGGAUCUUCCUCCAGAUAAGGCCAAACUUCUCAAGCAAUACGAUGAUGAAAAGAAAUGGGACUUGAUUUGUGACCAGGAGAAAGUAAUGGCCAAGGAGUCACCUUCCUUCUAUCUUCGAAGGCUGAAGACUUACCUGGAUCCUAACGCCUCCAGAAGUUCUCGGAAAAGAAAGUUUCUUGGGGACGCCUCUUCAACACAAGUUCUUCGGGAUCUUGAGAUUUCUUUAAGGACUAAUCACAUAGGGUGGGUUCGAGAGUUUCUGAAUGAAGGAAACAAGGGAUUGGAUGUUCUCAUAGAUUACCUGGCAUUUAGGCUUGAAAUCCUUAGGCAAGAGAAAAGUUUGCAAGAUUCGCCCACUGGCAACCACAAGAAUGGAGUGAUUCCUAAUGGAUAUCCUGUGCCACUUCGAUCUAUCCAGGAGAAGGAUGCUCCAAAUAUUAGAAAGGCAUCCAGACAUAUAGCUAAGCUGAACAUGGGUGAGGCUAAAGAUGACAUUCACUUGUGCAUCAUGUGUCUUCGUGCUAUCAUGAAUAACAAGUAUGGCUUCAACAUGGUCAUAGAACACACGGAGGCGAUCAACUGUAUCGCUUUAAGUUUAAACCACAAAAGUCUAAGGACAAAGUCAUUGGUGUUGGAGCUUCUGGCCGCAAUCUGUUUAGUUAAAGGUGGUCACGAAAUCAUUCUGUAUGCUUUUGAUAAAUUUAAAGAAGUCUGUGCAGAAAGGAGGAGGUUUGAGACACUUAUGGGCUAUUUCAUGAACUUUGAAGAUUUCAAUGUUGAUUUUAUGGUUGCCUGUAUGCAAUUCAUCAACAUAGUGAUUCAUUCAGUGGAAGACAUGAACUUUCGAGUACAUUUGCAAUAUGAAUUCACGCAACUGGGAUUAGAUGACUACUUAGAGAAGCUCCGUCCAUCUGAGAAUGAGGAGCUUCAAGUACAGAUUUCUGCUUAUCUCGACAACGUGUUCGACGUAGCAGCCCUCAUGGAGGACUCGGAAACAAAAGUAGCAGCCCUGGAACGGGUGGCUGAACUUGAAGAACAGUUGUCCAGGGCACAUGAAGAAUACUGUAAAAUGGAGAAUGAAUUGAAUUCAAAACUAGUGGAACUUGAAACUCAAUUAGAGUAUAUUACAAAAGAGAAAACUAACCUACAGGAAUUACACCAACAAGCAGAUGAGAAACUUAAUACCUUGCGACAAACAGUUUCGCAGAAGGAUCUAGAAUCUCGUCAGAGACAAAGCAUGUUGGAAUCAAAGAUAGAGGAACUUGAAAAUUAUCAAAAGUCUUUACCUAAAGGAACAUUAGGUUUAAUGGAUGGAGAAACAAUAGCUACUCCUAUACCACCACCACCACCACCUCCACCUCCUCCACCACUACCUAUAAGUAACAGUGGUCGGUCAACUGGAAUACCACCACCUCCGGGACAGAUGGAAUCUCCUACAGAUGCCAUGACAAUCAAGAAAAUAUACCAGACAAAGUACAAACUACCUACCCUAAAUUGGAUAGCACUUAAGCCUAACCAAGUAAAGGGAACUGUGUUUAGUGAACUGGAUGAAGAUAAAUUGUACAAGCUUAUUGAUUUCUCUGAUUUUGAGGAACAUUUCAAACUGAAUCAGCAGGGUAGUUUUGCCGACCGAACAGAUGACAUUAACUGCAGUAAGCGUUUCAAGGUUUCGGAGAAAAUAACAAUGCUAGAGCACAAACGUUUGCGAAAUAUGGCCAUCUCCCGUCGUAAGUUAAAGUUAUCGAGUGAGGAGGUGGUUCAAGCAAUCAGUGCUCUUGAUUUAAAAGCACUGAACCAGGAGUAUGUUGAGAUACUGCUACGGAUGGUUCCAAAUGACAAGGAAGUAAAAGCCUACAGAGAAUAUGAGAAACAGAAAAGGCCAGUGGAUGGUCUAACAGAUGAAGAUAAGUUUCUUUUGUCGCUUACCAGAGUUGAAAGAUUAACCCAGAAACUUAACAUCAUGAGCUACAUUGGAAGCUUUGAUGAAAAUAUUCAACUUCUCACACCGCAAGUUCACUCCAUUAUCACAGCUUCGAGGUCAACCAAAAAUUCGAAAAAAAUAAGAAAACUGCUAGAGAUCAUCUUAGCUUUUGGUAACUACAUGAAUGGAGCUAAAAGAGGACCAGCAUAUGGCUUUAAACUACAGAGCUUGGACUCGCUGGGAGACACGAAGUCUGCAAAUCGUAAGAUUUCAUUAUUACACUACAUUGCGGAUACUGUCCGGUCUAAGUUUCCUGAUGUUAUCAACCUAGAAUCAGAACUACGAUUUGUAGAGAAAGCUGCAGAAGCUUCUUUAGAAAACAUCCUGAUGGAUGUUAGUCAGUUAGAGAAAGGACUGGAGCUAUGUACAAAUGAACUGCCUCUCCAUGGUGAUGCUAAGGAUGCUGCUAUCUUGAGAGAAUUUUUGACAAACAAUGAAGAAAAACUAAAGAUGCUAAAGGCCAAUACAAAAAUAGCACAAGAAGCCUACUCUGACUGUGUAGAGUACUUUGGUGAAAGUGCACGAACUGUUGCUCCUAACACUUUCUUCUCCCUGUUUGUUCGUUUUUCAAAAGCCUUCAAGCAAGCAGAACAAGAAAAUGAGCAAUGGAGAAAACAAGAACUAGCUGCAAAAGAGGCAGAGGAAAACCCUCCAGCAUAUGUAAGAAAAAAGAACUCUCUCAAUGCACGAAAAAUAAAACAGGAUGCUGUUAUCAAUGAAUUGAAGAAUAAGACGCGUCAGGUCAAAGAAAAAAGGCUUUUGAAACAAGAUGAAGUUUAUAACGGAGCUCUUGAGGACAUACUCUUAGGUCUUAAGAAUGAGCCUUAUCGUCGAGCCGAUGCAGUAAGAAGAAGUCAGAGAAGGAAACAAGAAAAUGUCAGACUUUCUCGAACAAUGGAUGAACUAGAUUUUUAGAAAGUUUUCUUAUAGGCAUGUAAUUAAAUUAAACCAAGUGCUUUGUGUAAGUGACAGUAAUAUGGUUUGGAAAACACUUUUAGCCAGUCAACACAGGAAGUGUAUCAAAAUCUUCGAAAUCAGAUUGUACAAUAUUUUUGAUACAUUUGUAGAGGAGGAGAAGAGCUGUUGUCCAUGAUGUAAAUUUAAGACGUCUAAUACUUUCUUAGUUUACAAUAUGUGUUGUUUGUUUUGGCAAUAGAUAAUAAUAAUAAUGCAUUAUUCAUGGACCAUCAUAGGUUCAUUGAAUGAUAAUACUGUACUGUUCCUCCGAAGCUUGAUGGAAAAUCUCUUGAAAGCAGCACCAUAACCACAACUAAUAUUCUAAUAUGGUGAAACAUAGGUUUUGAGCUAUAACUUCCAUUUAUUUAUAUAUAUAUAAAAUAACCAAGGAAACAACCUUGGAGUCCUCACAGCUAAUUAUGGCUAUGCUUAGAUGUUUUCUUGCCAUUUCAAGAAGCAUUAGUAGGCUCAGUAAUGAUGGAGAAUGGAGAUUACUUGUGCCUUUAAGAUGAAAAUAUUUUUGUUGACAAAAAAUUAAAAUUAUAUUGAAAUUCCACGAAUUUGACAGACGAACCUGUAAGGCUGGAAUUGAAAAUAAUCCCUUAGAAUAUUUUCAUCAAGAAAUUGAUUGAAGAGAGCUAGUUUAAAACGUAAAUGCUCCAAACUUUGAUUUUCUCUUGAUUUUACUUAAAGAUGCAAAACGUUUUCUGGUGCUUCAAGAGGGUGUACAGUGUUUUGUUCAUUUCAUUAAAACUUUCAAGGGACCAAACUAAACAUCUAUCAUUAAAGACGUGUAUUUGUAGUUUUAUAAACCUUUUUUAAUGCAUAAAAAUUGUUUUGUGUAUCGAUAAAACUAUAAGUACUAAAACCAGUUAUUUUUACUAUUUUUAUAAACACUUCAGAGUAUUACUAUAAAGCUAAAAACUAAACUAAACUGAGUAAUGCCACUUUCUAGCUAAAUUGGUUCAAACAAGGAUUUGGUUUUUCAAAACAUAUUUUGUUAUUAAUUUAAUCUGAGCUUUGUUUUUCUUUUGCUUGAACGAUUCAAGUUCCACAUUUCAACUAGUUUGACUGAAACAAUAUAACAAAGUCCACUGCACUUGUGACCUUUAUGUUUGAUAUUGGACAAGUAUUCUGUAGUGUUUCUCUCAGGUUAAGUACAAGGUUUCUAUUGAAGUAUUCUGUGAUUUUAUGUUUUAACUACUGCUCUGAUUCAUUUGGCUUUAGUCUUGUCGUCCAAAUGUAUUCCUGCCAGUUGUUUAUACAUAUUUAUAUUAAUUAUAGUCCAUAUCUUAGUCUUAAACAUUGAAUUUAAUAAAUUAAAAUUGUACAGAAGA